UACUGGGAAAUUUUUAAGCGAUACAAGACGCCAUAUUGCUCUCAGCUGGACUUGGGAGGUUGCGUAAAGGAACUAAUAAUACCUAGCUACACCUAGGCGUUUCUGACAUUAUUCAUCUUAAAUGGGUAAGAGCAAUACAAUCGUCACAACCUUUUUAUUGUCGUUUUCUUUUUUAAAUCACGAAUUAUCGGAUAACUUGGCAUGAUGAUGGUUGCUAAACAAGAGGGGACAGGGGUGUGAAGGAGCUAGCUAUCUAGCUCGCGAACGCUAGCUGUGUUAUUAGCAAGAUCAAUCUCUUAAAAAGCUGUGAUUUGGGUCUAAUAAUGGCAGUUUUAGCUACCAUUGCCUAUUAUAAUUGGUUUUACAGCUGAUUUGAAGUAUUAUUUUGCUAACGAUACGAAUACUUUAGAAGGUUUUUGAACACCAUGUAAUUUAAUUAAAUUAGCACCUAUCAUUUAUUAGCCAGCAUGCUACUACUAUUUGCUGUGUGCUAGGCCAGUGGUUCCCAACCUUUUUUGGUUACUGUACCACCAACUGGAUUUUUCUCUGGCCGGAGUACCCUUGAAGUACCCCAUCAUGUGCAUUUUACCAGUAAGCCUAUGGUCUCAGGUACCUCCUGUGGAUUGGCCAAGGACCCCCCCAGGUAGUACCGCUGGUUUGGAACCACUGUGCUAGGCCGUACUGUACUAACGUUACUAGUUAGAGAGGAAACCGGUUUCUUGCGAUUGGAGAUAUCCAGCCUUGAAGACGACUGAUUCCCCCAGAAAAUACAACAAACAAUGUCAAUGUGAAGCUGUCAACAAGACAGUGGCUAAUGUUAGCUAACAUUCAUUAGCUAGCUAAUUAGCUAGCUGAUGCGCUUGUCAUCUUUAUCUAGCUAGCUAACUUGCUAGCUAACUUGCUAGCUAGGAAUGGCAUUCUUUGAUUCUAGUUAGCUAACACAGAGAUUACUAACAGCUGAGAUCAUCAAACGCUAUCUUAGUUUUAGCCUGCCUAAUCUAACGUUGAUGAUAUUAUGAUGACAGCAAGCUCGAAACAUUUGGUAUUGUGUUGCUUUGAUCACCAGUCUUCUUCAUCAGCUGUCAAACUGUCACCCCAACUGCUGUUUUCGUGUGAAGAUACGCAUGGCAGGGUUUGUCUCAAACCACCUUUUGGCCAACAAAUCCAAAUUCACAUCGAGAGUGAUUUAAUUUAUUUGAAUUUCCAUUAGCGCCUAUGUUGAGGUAGCCUAAAUUGCACUAUACUAGCAUAGAUUCUCUGCUAGACGCGCGGUCAUCGUUAUCAAGACUUCUAACAGCUCUAACUCCUAGCUAAGAACUCCAACAGAUUCUGUGCUAACCGACAUUACUGCCCCCACCAUCCUUUAACGCUAUCUUUAGUUUUAGCUGCCUUAAUCUAACGUGUGAUAUUACUAUACGCAACACUGCCCGCUCAGAACAUUCGGUAUUGUGUUUGCUUUGAUCACCUAUUCUUUUAUCCCACUGUCACUGUAUACCUCUGCUGUUUUUUUAUAGCAUUGUGUGUUGUUUCAACACCUUUUUGGUUCACAAAUAAAUCACUCGGUAGGCUGUAAGUUAGAUUUUGAAUUCCACUUAUCGCGCAUGUGACAAUAAAUUGAGUUAUAGUCAGUCAAGUUUGGCUGGUUGUGUCUUCUGUAAAUUCACAAGUUUGUAUAUUUGAUCUUUUAGGAUAACAUAUGUUAACCCUUAUUUCCCCAGACGAGAUGGCAAGCCCAGGGAAUGACCGAAUGAAGAGUUACAAGAACAAAGCGCUGAACCCACAGGAGAUGCGCCGGAGGAGAGAGGAGGAGGGGAUCCAACUCCGCAAACAGAAGAGAGAAGAGCAGGUAGGGUGCUUCUAGUUCUUACACCUGGACCACUGAAUCAGCUACUCUCAAUUCUGUGGAGACAAAUCUAAUCUCAUCCAAUUUCAACCAUGUAAAUUCCUUUGAAUGGUAAAUCUUCUCCAAAUAUGAGUAAUUUUUGUAUUACCUGUUAUAGUUGUGUUUGGUUUGUUUGUGUGGUGACCUGCUAACACUUAUCGCUCCCUCUUCCCCCAGCUGUUCAAGAGGAGGAAUGUGUGUGUGCCCUCGGGCGAUGAGUCCAUGUUGGAAUGCCCUAUCCAGGACCCUGACAUCAGCUCCACUGCACCAGUCUCAGGUGUAAGUGACCAUUACUCCUAUUGUCCCAUUGUCUUACUCUCAUGGUCUACACUAUGCACAGAGGGACUAGCUACCUGUUGAAAGACAAUGCCACUACUCCAUAAAAGAAGUAGAAAGAAUGUUGGGGGAAACAGAAGUUUUUGGUUUUCAAAUCAAUCUGUGAUUAAAACUAGAUGAAGGUCAUUAGACCCAUGUGCACUUUACGUGAUAAACCUGUCAGGUGUAGUUCUACAUCGCUUGCCCUGCAAUAUGUGUGUGUAUAGUGUCAGAGUACAUGGUUUUGUAAGACAUUCAUGUCUUUUUGUAUGUUGACUUGUGUGUGUUUGUAGGAAGGUGUCAUAACUCCAGACAUGAUCCAGAUGAUCUUCUCUGAGGAUCCAGACCAGCAGCUGAUCGCCACACAGAAAUUCAGGAAAUUACUCUCCAAAGGUCUGUGUGAAUCAUGCAAUUCAUAACAAUCCCAAUGCAGGGCUCAUGCCAUCUGUAUGAUCUUGGAUGCAUCCCCGAUGGGAACCAAUUCCCUAUUUAGUGCACUACUUUUUAUAUAGGGAAUAGGGUGCCAUUUGGGACGGACACAUAGUUUGGUCUUGUAUAGUAUGUUUUCUCAACAACAAAUGUGGAUUGUUUGUGCCUUGAUUAGACGUGAUGCUAUUCCAUCCACACCGUAUUGGAAUGUUUCGGCAUCACAUGUUUUCAGCCAUGAACCAGGAUGUGUUUAAGCUAGUAGGGUGAUGUCAUUGUCAUGCUCUCUUCUCUCUCAUCAGAGCCCAACCCUCCCAUCGAUGAGGUCAUCCUCACCCCAGGGGUCGUCAAUAAGUUUGUGGAGUUCCUCAAGAGGAGUGAGAACUGCACUCUUCAGGUGAGUCAGGUGGCUGGGUCUGUUAGUUCGAUGUGCUGGGAAUUAUUGGUUUGGUCUGUUAGAAAUCGUAAAAUGUAUUCACUACACACAAUGACAGAUUCUGUAAUAUCAUAGCACAUCCUGUUGGUAUUAGUCAGUCUGCAUGACAUCUGCAUUGUAUUGCUCCCUGCCAAAAUACCUUUAUUAGUGAACUUUCCUCUGACUCUUUAUGGCACUCAGUCAGUCAUAACUCUUCAGCCUGUGUAUCUGUCUGUUAGGGCUUAUACUAUGCUCCACAUGUGUCCGUGGUGUGAAAUGCCUGUGUGUGUGACACAGUUUGAGGCAGCCUGGGCCCUGACCAACAUUGCCUCAGGGACCUUCCUGCACACCAAGGUGGUUAUCGAGACAGGAGCAGUGCCCAUCUUCAUCGAGCUGCUCAACUCGGACUACGAGGAUGUCCAGGAGCAGGUGACUGAACAGCCUGGGUAGGGGGGCGGCUGAGGCCCCGGGGGGCAGAGUUGCAGCAGGAUGGGACACUAACACAUGGGUCACAUGGAUAGCUAGCUGGAAUGAGAUGUCAUGGGAUUUGUCCCACCAAGAAGAUCCUAUCUGAAUAGUAAACCAGCUAUGUUUGCAUUCCCUAAAUAUAAACUCUAUGGCUUCAUUCCGAUUCUCUACUCCUCUCCCUGAAGUGUUCUCUUGUUCACUCCCCCUCAUGGGUUUAAUGUUUAUCCCUACAUACAGUGAGGGAAAAAAGUAUUUGAUCCCCUGCUGAUUUUGUAAGUUUGCCCACUGACAAAGACAUGAUCAGUCUAUAAUUUUAAUGGUAGGUUUAUUUGAACAGUGAGAGAUAGAAUAACAACAAAAUAAUCCAGAAAAACGCAUGUCAAAAAUGUUAUAAAUUGAUUUGCAUUUUAAUGAGGGAAAUAAGUAUUUGACCCCUCUGCAAAACAUGACUUAGUACUUGGUGGCAAAACCCUUGUUGGCAAUCAGAGGUCAGAUGUUUCUUGUAGUUGGCCACCAGGUUUGCACACAUCUCAGGAGGGAUUUUGUCCCACUCCUCUUUGCAGAUCUUCUCCAAGUCAUUAAGGUUUCGAGGCUGAUGUUUGGCAACUCGAACCUUCAGCUCCCUCCACAGAUUUCCUAUGGGAUUAAGAUCUGGAGACUGGCUAGGCCACUCCAGGACCUUAAUGUGCUGCUUCUUGAGCCACUCCUUUGUUGCCUUGACCGUGUGUUUUGGGUCAGCUGGCUUGAGAUCAUUGACAAGAUCCUCCCGUGUAGUUCUGGGCUGAUUCCUCACCGUUCUCAUGAUCAUUGCAACUCCACGAGGUGAGAUCUUGCAUGGAGCCCCAGGCCGAGGGAGAUUGACAGUUCUUUUGUGUUUCUUCCAUUUGCGAAUAAUCGCACCAACUGUUGUCACCUUCUCACCAAGCUGUUGGCGAUGGUCUUGUAGCCCAUUUCAGCCUUAUGUAGGUCUACAAUCUUGUCCCUGACAUCCUUGGAGAGCUCUUUGGUCUUGGUCAUGGUGGAGAGUUUGGAAUCUGAUUGAUUGAUUGCUUCUGUGGAUAGGUGUCUUUUAUACAGGUAACAAGCUGAGAUUAGGAGCACUCCCUUUAAGAGUGUGCUCCUAAUCUCAGCUCGUUACCUGUAUAAAAGACACCUGGGAGCCAGAAAUCUUUCUGAUUGAGAGGGGGUCAAAUACUUAUUUCCCUCAUUAAAAUGCAAAUCAAUUUAUAACAUUUUUGACAUGUGUUUUUCUGGAUUUUGUUGUUGUUAUUCUGUCUCUCACUGUUCAAAUAAACCUACCAUUAAAAUUAUAGACUGAUUAUUUCUUUGUCAGUGGGAAAACGUACAAAAUCAGCAGGGGAUCAAAUACUUUUUUCCCUCACUGUAGCUAAAUACUAAGCAAUCCCAGCUCUAUAUGGUCCUAGCUGUGUGGAUAUAUAGCUGUAGCAGUAUAUGUUAUGACCCCCCAAGCCCAGUUCUAUAUGGUGCUGCUGUUUGUUGGAAAUAUAGCCUAGCUGCAGCACUGUAUAGUAUGGCUCCUAGCUGCAUGCAAAUAUAGCUGCAAUGUUACGGUAUGGCAAUAUGCAUGGCUGCUGCGUUAGAGGUGACGAGGGAUUGGUGUAUUUCAGGCCGUGUGGGCCCUGGGGAACAUCGCCGGGGAUAACGCAGAGUGCAGAGACUACGUUCUCAACUGUGGCAUCCUGCCCUCCCUACAACAGUACGUGUGUGUGUGGAGGGUUUUGUCAGUCUGUAGGCCCAUGUCGUUUUAACAAGGAGAAGUUGAGUUUAAUACCAUUACCUAAUACAUUGUAUAAUCAGAUUAGUCAGGUUUAACAGUUUAAUUGCAGUCAGAGAAACAAGGCGUACUGAAAACUGUUCUCUGCCCCCGCAGGCUGCUGGCUAAAUCCAACCGUCUCACCACAACUAGAAAUGCUGUAUGGGCUCUGUCUAACUUGUGUAGAGGGAAGAACCCCCCUCCAGACUUCGCCAAGGUAAUAGGGUGGAUUCCCACACUGCCCAAUCAGACGACAGUUCUAACAGUCCAACAGAUCUCAGCUGUCAAAUGCACAAACCGCUCUUGGAUUUUGACCAAUUUCUCCCAAAGCCAUUCUCUUAGCUCUCCUUUCACCAUUAUCCCUCUUUCUGUCUUUCUUCCUCCUCGCUCUUCUCUUAUUCUCUUCUCCCUCGCUGCUCUCUCUCUCCCUCCCUCUUCUCCUCCCCCAGGUGUCUCCCUGUCUGAGUGUGCUGUCCAGGCUGCUGUUCAGUAGUGACCCAGACGUGUUGGCUGAUGCCUGCUGGGCCCUCUCCUACCUGUCUGACGGACCCAAUGACAAGAUACAGACUGUCAUCGACUCUGGGGUCUGCCGCAGACUGGUGGAGCUACUCAUGUAAGGACUACUAGAGACACACACACAAACAAACAAGCAAGCAAUUGAGAUGUUGGUGUACACUGACUGUGGUGUUGUUGGUCUUCCCCAGGCACAGUGACUAUAAGGUGGUCUCUCCUGCACUACGUGCUGUGGGCAACAUAGUGACAGGAGAUGACAUUCAGACUCAGGUAGAACUAGUUUUUAUUUUCUUGCUACCUCCCCAUAGCUUUGUCUCUCUCUUCACCCUGAUGUGUGUGGAGUUUUGAUCCUUCACAUGGUCCUAGCUGUGUGUGUGGACUGGUGUGUAAUCUUCACUGUGUGUGUGUUGAUUGUUCCAGGUGAUUCUGAACUGCUCGGCGCUGCCCUGCCUAUUACACCUGCUCAGCAGUCCCAAGGAGUCCAUCAAGAAGGAGGCCUGCUGGACUGUGUCUAACAUUACAGCUGGAAACAGAGCACAGAUCCAGGUGUGUGUGCGUACCCGUGCUUGAUGGUAGCACAGUGUUUUAAGUAGUUGUCUACUUAAAACGCGAUAAAACGUCACAAUAAGGUGCAGAGCGUUUGAUUUGGCUGCUGGGGGUCAAGGAGACCACCAGCUCCGCUAAAACCAUUGACAACUACAUGCCGUUUUCAAGGGAUUGUUAAAAAAUGUUAACUCUGGUUGUAAUAUCAUCCUCUUAAUGGUGGCCAAUAUUGAGGGAUAUUGUGAGGCUACCAUGAUUACAUGAUCAAUGGAUGUUUACUGAUCAUGAAAAGCAUGCAGUUACUUGCUGUAUAACUCUGAUAGAGCUAAUUUUGAACAAUUGUUUUGCAUGGAAUAAUUGGAACGGUGUAGUUCUGACUAUGCUCGUCAAGAGGUUAUGAUAUUACAUCCAAAUAGUUAUAACAUGUAUUUAUCAAUACCUUUAAAACUGCACAUUGUUGUCAAUGGUUUUAGAGCAGCUGGGGGUCUCCAAAUCGAACACUCUGCACCUUAUUAUAAUGUUUUAUUGAUAACGACCUAUUGAUGUGUGUGUAUAAUAUGUCAUCUCACUGUUCUCUCUCUUUGUUCCUCAGACGGUGAUAGAUGCCAACAUCUUCCCAGUCCUGAUAGAGAUUCUUCAGAAGGCAGAGUUCCGCACCAGGAAGGAAGCAGCGUGGGCUAUAACCAACGCUACCUCUGGGGGCACUCCUGAGCAGAUCAGGUAAUAACGCUCAUCGAAUUCUUGAAAAUUUUGGAGAUGUGCUGCUUACACAAAGAUUUCAUGAAAUGAGUGGGAGUAGUCUCAUGCUCGGCAGAAGUUGUUCUAGUGUAGCAGGCCUGUAUGACCGUAUCUCUGCUAAACCAAUAGAACAAAUGUGAAUAUAAUGUCAAUCUAACACUGUCUGUCUUGCUGUCCCUGUAGGUACCUGGUUAGUCUGAACACCAUCAAGCCCAUGUGUGACCUGCUGACAGUGAUGGACAGUAAGAUAGUGCAGGUGUCUCUGAACGGCCUGGAGAACAUCCUGAGACUGGGAGAGCAGGAGGCCAAGCAGAACGGCACCGGCAUCAACCCUUACUGUGCCCUUAUAGAGGAAGCCUAUGGUAUGAUACAGUGGGGAAAAAAGUAUUUAGUCAGCCACCAAUUGUGCAAGUUCUCCCACUUAAAAAGAUGAGAGGCCUGUAAUUUUCAUCAUAGGUACACGUCAACUAUGACAGACAAAUUGAGAAAAAAAUAUAUCCAGAAAAUCACAUUGUAGGAUUUUUAAUGAAUUUAUUUGCAAAUUAUGGUGGAAAAUAAGUAUUUGGUCACCUACAAACAAGCAAGAUUUCUAAGCACUCUAGCAAACUUCAGACGGGCCUGGACAUGUACUGGCUUAAGCAGGGGGACACGUCUGGCACUGCAGGAUUUGAGUCCCUGGCGGCGUAGUGUGUUACUGAUGGUAGGCUUUGUUACUUUGGUCCCAGCUCUCUGCAGGUCAUUCACUAGGUCCCCCCGUGUGGUUCUGGGAUUUUUGCUCACCGUUCUUGUGAUCAUUUUGACCCCACGGGGUGAGAUCUUGCGUGGAGCCCCAGAUCGAGGGAGAUUAUCAGUGGUCUUGUAGGUCUUCCAUUUCCUAAUAAUUGCUCCCACAGUUGAUUUCUUCAAACCAAGCUGCUUACCUAUUGCAGAUUCAGUCUUCCCAGCCUGGUGCAGGUCUACAAUUUUGUUUCUGGUGUCCUUUGACAGCUCUUUGGUCUUGGCCAUAGUGGAGUUUGGAGUGUGACUGUUUGAGGUUGUGGACAGGUGUCUUUUAUACUGAUAACAAGUUCAAACAGGUGCCAUUAAUACAGGUAACGAGUGGAGGACAGAGGAGCCUCUUAAAGAAGAAGUUACAGGUCUGUGAGAGCCAGAAAUCUUGCUUGUUUGUAGGUGACCAAAUACUUAUUUUCCACCAUAAUUUGCAAAUAAAUUCAUUAAAAAUCCUACAAUGUGAAUUGCUGGAUUUUUUUCUUCUCAUUUUGUCUGUCAUAGUUGACGUGUACCUAUGAUGAAAAUUACAGGCCUCUCUCAUCUUUUUAAGUGGGAGAACUUGCACAAUUGGUGGCUGACUAAAUACUUUUUUCCCCCACUGUACGUGCGCACAUACACACACACACCAUAAAAUAAUGGGACAGGCAUCAACCCUUGGAUGUACGCUUAAUUCUGUAUCGCCACCUUCUCCCUGAAAUGGGCACUCAUACACUCCCCCUUGUGGAUUUAUAAGGAAUGCACUGACGUAAGGAGGGAGAGAGAACGAUUGCACUCUUCAGGGAGAAGGAGAAAUGUCAUUAGGCUAUGCAUAAACACUUUAGCCAGUGGUAUGCACACACUGUUCCACUAGAUGGCAGUAGAUAUGUUGCUGUGAAGUGAAAAGUGUACUCUGUAGUUCUUAUCUCAAGAGAUGUGAGGACACAUGCUGCCAAAUUUAAACACCAUUAGUUAGUGGUUAUGACUCAGUAUUGUCAUGUGAGUCACUAAUGCCUAGGCCUGAUUUAUUCAUUUGUGUGCAUGUGUGUGUCCACUGGCUUUUCUUACUAGCACUGAUUUUGCUGAUGGCUGCUUUAUUGAGGAAAGUUUUAUUUGCAAUGAUUGUGAUCUGUGGAUGUCGUACCACCUUAGUUGAAUGCACUGACUGUAAGUUGCUCUGGAUAAUAGCAUCUGCUAAAUUACCUAAAUGUAAAAAUGUCCACUGCAGGUCUGGACAAGAUAGAGUUCCUGCAGAGCCAUGAAAACCAGGAGAUCUACCAGAAGGCUUUUGACCUGAUCGAGCACUACUUUGGUGUGGAGGAGGAGGACGCUAGCAUCGCCCCUCAGGUGGACCAGAACCAGGGCCAGUUCAUCUUCCAGCAGCAGGACGGGCCCAUGGAGGGCUUCCAGCUCUAA